AUGGGGAAGACCUCAAAAGAUAAGCGUGAUAUCUAUUACCGUUUAGCGAAAGAAGAAGGUUGGAGAGCCAGGAGUGCAUUUAAGCUCCUACAAAUUGACGACGAGUUCAACAUUUUCGAAGGAGUGAAGCGGGUAGUUGAUUUGUGUGCAGCUCCGGGUAGUUGGAGUCAAGUGCUGUCGAAACGUCUUUACUUCAGUGAAAAGAAUGAGGAAAAACGAAAAGAAAUCAAGAUUGUUGCUGUGGAUUUGCAACCAAUGUCUCCUUUACCAGGUGUAAUCCAAUUACAGGGAGAUAUUACAGAGACCUCAACAGCUUCGCAAAUAAUUUCAUAUUUUGAAGGAUCGAAAGCUGAUUUGGUGGUUUGCGACGGGGCGCCUGAUGUAACUGGUCUUCAUUCCCUCGAUGAGUACAUGCAAAGUCAGUUGGUCUUGGCGGCACUGAAUAUAGCAACUUUUGUUCUGCGGGACGGUGGGACUUUCGUUGCUAAGAUUUUUCGUGCUAAAGACAUUACUUUACUUUACGCUCAGCUUAAGUAUUUCUUCGAGGAAGUUUAUUGUGCUAAACCGCGAAGCAGUAGGCAGAGCAGUUGUGAGGCAUUCGUAGUGUGCUUAAAACAUCAUCUUCCAGAGGGAUACGUGCCUACUCUAACAAAUCCUAUGUUUGCAGAUGAUUAUGACGAGUGUGUCAAUAGUAUGUGCGGGGUUAAUCGUGUUUUGGUGCCUUUUAUUGCUUGUGGUGAUCUCUCUGGUUGGGAUUCGGAUAAGACAUACGGUCUUGAAUUACCCACCAUCAUAUAUGAGCACGACGAAAAACGUUAUGUCUAUAAACCGGUUGUUCAACCACCUACGGAUCCUGCUUAUAAGAAAGCUUGUCAGCUAAAAAAGUCUGGGCUUCUCGAAAAACCACGCGUGAAAGUUGAAAACGUAAGAAUAUCAAAUGAAGAGGGAGUAAGUGGAGACCAGCUAGACAGAAGUGAACCACAAGUCAACACAGGAGACCUUGGUAUAGGUGAUGAGCUUGCAGCAGCUUUUGGAGAAUGUUUCAAGUCAUUGUGA